UACCGGCUGCCGCUGCGCCUGCGUGCUAUCCGGUUGGCUGCGUAAACGCGCUCGCGCAGCGGCACUACUAGGAUGACAGCUCAGACCUGUCCACGUCAACAGCGAACACAGACGCGAUGGAUUCCAUGUCCAUGGAGCCGUCCCUCUACACAGUGAAGGCUCUCUUCAUCCUCGACAACGAUGGCAACAGGUUGCUGUCAAAGUAUUACGACCCUGAGCUGUACCCUUCUAUGAAGGAGCAGAACAACUUUGAGAAGAAUGUUUUUAACAAGACCCACAAGGCAGACAAUGAGAUAGCGUUCUUGGAGGGGAUGACUGUGGUCUAUAAGAGCAGCAUAGAUCUCUUCUUCUACGUAGUUGGCAGCCCGCAGGAGAAUGAGUUGAUGCUGAUGUCGGUGUUGAACUGCCUGUUUGACUCACUCACUCAGAUCCUCAGCAGCUGUGCUGGCUGCCAUGGAAACCGAUGCGGUAGCAAUGCAGGGGGAUGGGGAAAGAAUGUGGAGCGCAGAUACCUCCUAGAGAACAUGGAAGGAGUGUUCCUGGUGGUGGACGAAAUCAUCGAUGGCGGGGUCAUCCUGGAGAGCGACCCACAGCAGGUUCUGCAGAAGGUCAACUAUAAGUCGGAUGAGAGCCCAUUAUCGGAACAGAGUGUGGCCCAGCAUAUAACAGAAAAACUGGCUCUUACUACGAAUGUGAUACAAUCGGCAAAGGACCAAAUUAAAUGGUCUAUCCUGAAAUAAAGGCCUAUAUGGAUCAAAGGAACGAUACUGCAAGAUAUAGGAAAAAUAUGCUACAAGAAGCAAACCCUUUAUUUUCUUACUGCGCUAAAGGGACGUUCAGUUUAUGGGCUUUCAUGCUGGUACCUAAAAUGAUUGUAGCUAAAAAAUAUUUUUUGCUAUACAAUUAUAUUUGUAUGUUUUGUAUGUAUAGUUGGAUUUGUUUAAUUUAUUGGAGUUUAGGGAUGACUGUAUUGGUCUCUAAGCGAGAUGUGGUUCAUUUAAAUAAAAAAUAAGUAGAAAAGCAUAUGAAAUAAAUAAGUUUAAAAUCAUAUCCAAAGCAUUAACCUUAAACGAAUAUAGUUACUUUUGAAGAAAAUGUAGUUCCAUAACAUUAAGGCGGCCUGUUUUUGAACAUUAUUACUGAAGGCUGUUAUGAUAUUUAAAAAAUAUAUAUUUGUUAGUGAAGGAGGUUGCGAUAACAUUUUCUGAAGUAAAAAUAUAAAAAGUAAUAACAUGAUUAUUACAUAAAUCAUAAACGCAUUAUUUCAUAUGUACAGGCCUAUAUGUGUAAUACAUUUGUUUAUGUAGUUUGACAUUUGCAUGUUAAUAUAUUAUUUUUUCACCGUUUCCCAUUAUUCGAUCAAAUACUGAAAUUAUUCAAAGAGUUUGAGGGAAAGGUUGACAGGUUAUUUGUGUGUUUUUUUUGAUAAGAAUGUAAUGUGUUACUGCACUUUUUGCUUUUCAUGUGGAUUAAACUGUUUCUAUUUUUUUGCCAAGUAAUUAAUGCAUUUGUAGAUCAUCUAACAUAUUUGGUGACAUUCAAUAUCGAAAAAAAACUAUUUGUUGCCAAAAUUAUAGAAUAAUGUAGUCUAUUUUAGUAACAAAACGGUGAUUUAUAUUACAUUUUAUAUAUUUUUUGUUAAAGCCGAAUACAUUAUGCUUUGUUUAUGUGAUUUCCUGAUAACGAAUUUGGCAUAUGAGAUUUGUGAAACGACAAAUAAAUAAAAACAAUGCAAGUCUUUA